AUGCUCCUAGUUUGGGAUCUAGGGAUUUCGAGUCUAGUCCUUGUGAUCUCUCUUGUUCUACCUCUAUUCGCCUUCUUUGUUCGGCGCAAAUGGAGGCUAGCGGCCUUAAGAAGGCAGGAGAUUCAGAGACUCCUUAUUCAUGCGUCCGAGGAGGCUGCUAGGGCAGAGCUUGAGGCCUCCGUCGAGUUCUCUUCUGUUGCCGUCUCUAAUACCUUCUAUUGUCCCGUGUGCUAUUGUCUUGCCACCACUCGAUGCUCUCGUUGCAAAGCCGUUCGCUAUUGUUCCGGGAAAUGUCAAAUCAUUCACUGGCGGCAAGGUCACAAAGAUGAAUGCCGUCCUGCUUCCAUCAUAUAUAAUACUGACGAUGAGAAAAGCGACUCCGAUUUGAGAGUCAGAGAAGAAAAUGAAGGGGUUACUCUUGAUGAAACUUUAUUGCUGCAUCCAGAACCAGUUACUGUACCAAUCAGGGAAGCAAUACUCUCUAAUCCUGCCAGAUCUCCUGAAGAUGGGAAUGGUGAUAAUGCGGACAACAAAGAUGACCUUGUAGAUAAGGAAGAAGCUGUUUCUGUUACUGAAACAUCUGGAUCCUCAUUCUCUGGCUUCUCAUCAUCUCCCCGUAAUGACUCUGGCGAUGAGAGUUCUCUUUGUGAGAGCUUCUGUUCAUCUGAUUCCGAGAGAUCAGAGUCCGCCCUUGAUGGUCAUGUUUCUGUAGAGUCAGAGGAGACCUGUUUCAACACUAUUGAUGAUGCUCCAUCCAAACCGCUAUCUCCUAAAUUUGUGCAUUUGGUUGAAUCUGUUGAUAACCUCGCUAAUCUACCUAAAGCAAGCAUGCAUAAACCUGGGGGUGAUGCUCGGCAGAACCAGAGCCAAUCAAGUAGCUUGCAGUCAUUAGUUACGGAUAGGCAUCCAGGAUCUGCUGACCCGUCUCCUCUGAAGUCAUCUGAUUUUUGGGGUACAACUCUUGGAUCAGCAGAACCUGUAAGUGAGAGUUAUGAUAGUUCUAAAUCUGGUGAACCUGGUAAAUCCUCUCUGCAUUUCUCCUUUGGCUCCUCUAGAGACACCUCAGCUACUAAGGUUUCUAAGCAUAGGAAUAGCAUUUCAGAAGAAGCUCCUAGAUCUGCAUUAGGGACUGGUAAUUUUUCUGAAGAAGUGAAGUUAAAAGAACGGAUUGUUAAAAGAUCUGAUGAAGCUAAAAUUUCAUUACCAACUUCCUCUUCUACUGACGUGCCGAGACCUCUAGACCCUACUGUUUUGUCCCCUGUGACCCUUCAGAAGUCAAAGAGCACCAGGAGUGGAAGUGGCUCUACGUUGACCCCUUUGAAGGUUGGGGAAGUGCAAAUUUUGGCAUCCAAGGCCUCAAAUACUAGGGAGUGUGCUGUUGUUGUGAAACAUCCUCCUGUAGGUACAAAAUCUGGAAGAGUUCUUGAUAAUCAGAAACAGAAUGGUGUUGUCGUUCACCAUAUAAAUUCUCUACAUGGAAGAAAUGGUUUGAAGGCAUCAGUGCUGAAAGUCGUAGACCAGUGGACUAGACCGAAGUCCUCAGUUGAGAAGGAGAUUGCUGGAAGACAUGGUCAUAAGGGGCUAUUUCCAUAUGAAUUAUUUGCUAAGCUGUAUACGAAUAAAAUUGAGUUCCAGCCUUGUGGCCUCAUCAAUUGUGGCAAUAGCUGCUUUGCUAAUGUUGUCUUCCAAUGCCUGAUGUUCACUCCUCCUCUGGCCACGUACUUCCUCCAGCAAUUCCAUUCUAGAGCAUGUCCAAACAAAGAACAGUGCUUCACCUGUGGGUUUGAGAAUCUGGUCUUAAUGGCAAAAGAAGGGAAGUCUCCACUGUCCCCUAAUGGGCUGCUAUCACAGCUGCAGAAUAAUGGAAUCUGUCUUGGGAAUGGUAAGCAAGAAGAUGCACAUGAAUUCCUUAGAUUUGUUGUCGACACAAUGCAGUCUGUGUGCAUCAAGGCAUCUGAAUAUGAUAUGCAAAAGACUACGAAAUUAGAAGAUACAACUCUAAUUAGUUUGACAUUUGGGGGAUACCUACGAUCAAAGAUUAAAUGCAUGAAGUGUGAAGAAAAAUCUGAGCGGCGUGAGAAAAUGAUGGAUCUAACAGUUGAGAUUGAUGGGGAUGUUAGCACCUUGGAGGAUGCUUUGCGUCGAUUUACAAGGACAGAGAUAUUGGACGGAGAGAACAAAUACAAAUGUGGCAGGUGUAAAUCUUAUGAGAGAGCCAAAAAGAAACUGAAAAUCACAGAGCCUCCGAAUGUCCUUACGAUUGCACUAAAACGAUUCCAGUCAGGGAAAUUCGGGAAGCUCAAUAAGUUGGUCAGGUUUCCAGAAACUCUAGAUUUGGCUCCAUAUGUCAGCGGAGGAAGUGAAAAAUCACAUGACUACAAACUCUAUGGAGUUAUUGUUCACUUGGAUAUAAUGAAUGCGGCGUUUUCUGGUCACUAUGUCUGCUAUAUUAGAAACAGUCAAAACAAGUGGUACAAGGCUGAUGAUAGCACAGUAAGUUGCUCCUAUAAUAUUAAGGCAAAAUCUGAUUGUGAAUUAGUUUCUAUGUGCUCUCCAAUGCCCCCAAGAUUAGUAGUAUGUAAUAAAACUGAAGCAAUCAAGAAAAAAAGCAGCGUCCCGGUACCUAAGACUACUGUGUCACGGUCUGUGUCUAGUGCAAGUCCUGUGUGGUCUUCCAACACUCCCGGUGGUGGUCGGUCUGGCAAUAUACAGUCGUUUUAUUCCAGUUUCCAGAGGCUGCAGAAAAUUUUGGAAGAGGACUCGUCGAGUGACAGUUCUUCCCUCUUUGACAGCAACUCAGAUGAAUGUUCUUGUAGCACAGACAGUACAAGCAUGGACGACUUUGCUGAUUUCAUUUUUGGAGAUCAUCAAGGACGGGCCCACGGACAGUCCGAGACUCCCUCGCCAACAUCAUCUUCUUCCUCGUCUUCUCCUCCCUUUACAAGGCAUUCGCAGCUUGGUGACUUAAGUCGUUCUUCUCCAGAAACUUACGGAAGCUCGAGACAUAAUCACUUGCCCUUGGGAGGAGAAAGGUAA